AUGGGCGGUCUAGGUAAAACAACUCUGGUCGCCAACACCUUCAACAAACAAGUUGUGAAGCAACAUUUCGAUUGUUGUGCCUGGGUCACUGUCUCACAACAAUAUGUUGUCACAGACCUAUUGAAGUCCAUCCUCAAAGGGCUCUACAACAAGUCGAAAGAAAAAAUGGAUCCAGUGAUCAACCUCGACUUCAUGAGUUAUCUAGAACUGCUGGAGGAACUUGUGAACUUCUUGCAGCCAAGGAGAUAUCUUAUUGUGAUCGAUGAUGUUUGGAGCACCAAUUUGUGGCAAGAUAUCAGCAUAGCACUUCGUGCCAAUACGAAGGGAAGUCGAAUCUUGCUCACUAUGCUGAAGGAGGACGUUGCUUCCUUCGAAUUUGGAGUUGUAAAGCAUAUCUUUCCCCUUAAACACUUGCCGUUUGAUGAUAGUAUAGCCCUUUUUUGGAAGAAAGCUUUUGUUGGCAAAGGUGGACACUGCCCACCAUAUCUUGAACCUUCAGCAAGAAAGCUGGUUGCAAAAUGUCAAGGCUUGCCAUUAGCCAUUGUGACCUUGGGCGGUUUGAUGGCUUCCAAGAGCUCGAUUGCCGAAUGGGAUGGAGUUUAUAACAACCUAAAUCGGGAGCUAAGUGUAAGUUGUUGCGGAGAGAUACCUAUCCGAGUUGAUUUGCAGCAGGAAUGGAUCGGGGAAGCCAGAGCAUUGGAGAUGCAUGACAUUUUGCGGGAAUUUGCUGUUUCCAUAUCAAAAUCUGUAAAGCUUGUUGCCAAAUCUGAUGGUAAAGAAGAAGUGAAAGACGAUGGAACCCGUCGUUGGUCAAUUGAAGCAAAGGGGAAUGAGUUGAAAGCUGCAAGUGAGACAGCACUAUCUCGGGUUCGUGCAUUAUUUGUUUUUGCUGUGGAUGGAACCUCUAAAUCCUCCUUCAACAAACUGCCCUCUGGUUUUAAAUUGAUGAGAGUGUUGGAUUUGGAAGACACUCCGAUCAAGGAACCCCCAGAUGAAUUGAUGAAUUUAUUCAAUUUGAGAUACCUUAGCCUAACAAGAACUCAAGUGAAAGAGCUUCCGAAUUCCAUCGGCAAGCUUUACAAUUUGCAGUCUCUACUUAUGAAGGACACUCAAAUCAAUGAGCUUCCUGCAGGACUUGUGAAGCUGAAAAAUCUUCCUCUUCUUAUCGCUUUUCGUUGCAAUGUAAACCCAUUGGCAUUUGACAAUUGGCUUGGCAUAUUUACGGGGAAGAGUGAUGUCUAUAGCUUCGGGGUUGUUCUUGUCGAGCUCUUAACGGGACGAAAGCCGGUGUUGUCAGAUCAAUCGGACGAGGCGAGGAGCUUGAUAUCAUACUUUCUGAUGUCGAUGCAGGAGAAUUCGUUGCUCGACAUCGUCGAUUCGACCAUAGUAAAUGACGAUCCGGAGAAAGAGAUUACAGCAACGGCUAAGCUGGCAAGAAGAUGCUUGGAUCUUAACGGAAAGAAAAGGCCGACCAUGAAACAAGUAGCAAUGGAGCUGGAGACGAUCAAAGCAUCAAAAGCAGGCGAUGAGAUUGAAGAAAGUGACGAUGAAGAAUCUGAAGAAGAUGAAAUAAUCGAAUCUUGGAAUGCCAAUUUUUCUUGGUCCACGUCUAGAUCAAUUAUAACUAAUAGUACAACUUUGCCAUUAAAUGCAACCUUCUAG